CUAAUAUUAACAUAGUUUAAAACACAAUGGAAAUGUUGUCACUGGCAAGAUACAUAGCAAAGUGAACGGAUAAAACAAUAUUAUUUGAUAAUGUGAAAGUUUGGUAUUUUACGAACUAGGAAACGUGUUCAGCCUUUGCAAUAGCAGACCGGAUAUUUUACUAUGUAACACCAGGAAGUGAAGAACACGUGAAGUAAAGUGUUGUAAUUUUAAAGCUGUUUAUACAGAAGUGAAAGUUACAAGUUUAAGUAGCUUUGUGAAGGUACAUUAGAGCGCUGAAUGAUAAUAAUGACAAGACUGGAACAUUGACCGUGAAACGACAAGACGACCCUCUUCGAAAACAUUUUAUUUGGAUUCCCUGUGCACCUAACCUCUGCAAUUCAGACUGGUGUUCCAGUUUGCAGUAAUAAUGACACGCUGGGCCAGGGCUAAUAACAUCCACAAAUACAAGGCUUCUGAAGCAACACCAUGGGGUCAGCUGCAAAAGAACUCUGGGAGUGGAGAGAACAAGCAGGGCUCUUCCAGGCACAGCCCACAGCGGGACAGCAGGGCACGAGCCUCCAAGAGCCUCUCUGUGCGGAGGAGCGAGCAGUUCACUACCAUAGGGAAGGCAAACCGCAAGAAGAAAGACUAUGACAACGAAGACGUGAACGGGUUCAUGGAUUACCUAAAACAGACUGGGCAGUCCCUCCCAAGGGGAUGCGCCAGGCCAGGCGCAGACAGCACAGGGUUUGACGAGGACUUGGCCGUGGCACUGAAGAAGGACCACAGACGAGAGGACAGGAGGCUGAAGAGGCAGACGAACAAAAAGAGCAACAUGGUGUGCUUCAACUGCAGAAAGCCUGGCCAUGGACUCGCUGACUGUCCCGAGGCUGACAGAGAUGAGGAGAUGGGCAGGGGGAUUUGUUACCGUUGUGGUUCUACGGAGCACGAGAUCAACAGAUGCAGAGCAAAAGUGGACCCAGCUGUUGGGGAGUUUCCCUUCGCUAAAUGUUUCAUCUGUGGGCAAACUGGACACCUCUCAAGAUCAUGUCCCGAUAACCCCAAAGGAAUGUAUGCAGCAGGAGGCUGCUGUAGAGUGUGUGGGUCUGUGGAACAUUUUCAGAAGGAUUGUCCAGAGCACCAGAAUGCAGGGAAUGCUGUAACAGUUGGACGAUGGUCUAACAGAAUGAGUGCUGAUCACGAAGACGUUCCUGUGCUGGUAAAGAAAGAGAAGCCCAAAGCACCCAAGGUUGUUACCUUCUGAGGGAGGUGUUACUGAUUAUUGGUGGUUUGAAAUAAAACGAUCUUGGACUUUUUCAGAUACAUGUAUGAUUUUUUUAAUUUUUAGAAUGUCAAUAAUACGUUGUCGUUGGUGUUGGAGAAACACGCUGCUGAUCCGCAUAGGAAAAGCUACAACUUCAAGGGUGUAUUAGCAUUCAGCUUGUGAGCCAAAGGGGGGAGAUUAUAAAGGUUAUACAAUGAUAACCAAUAUCAAUAAUUGAAGCUUGUCCAGGAAAAAAAUAACUAGAAUCCCAGUAUGAAAUGUUAAUCAAGUUGUUUUUUUAUUUAUUUUUCUGAGACAUCUUUCUGUUAUGGAAUUAAAAAAGAAUACACAAUCAGGAAUCCAUCAAUUGUGGCUUUUUUCAAAUGUAUAUUAGAAUGUAUCAG